AUGGAUUUCGGAUCCAAGUAUAUCUAUAAAUAUGAUCGUUCCGAAUCUGAAUCAGUAUCAGAUGACGAUGGUGAUGCACUUAAUAACGAUAAUGAUCCAUUAUUUUUGCCACAAAUACAAGCACGUGAGGGAGAAAGACACCGUGAACAUCAAGUGGUGUCCACUACUUCAGGUAGUACUGCUUUAACUUCACAUAAACGAAAACGUUUACGUAAACCUGAUACCAAUGUUCUCAGUGUUAAAUUCAAUCGAUUACUUCAACCAGGUGAAAUGCAUGCUGGUGAUCCUGUCUAUUGUACGGCAUGUAAUGCAAUAGCUUCUCAUUUAAGCAAAAUUCAAAGCGAGACAAAUGAAAAUGAUCGAAGUGAACGAUCUGAUGAGCCAGAAUCUAAAUGGUGUUGUGAAUUUUGUUUACAUGUCAAUGGAGUUGAUAUCGAACAAUCGGAUUUACCUAAGCAAGAAGAUGCAACUUAUUUGGUUUCACCAGCACCGGUUGUUCACGGUUCAAAUAUGACUGGUGUUGAUGAUUCGAUAGUUUUAUUUUUAAUUGAUACAAGUGGAUCCAUGUCAUCGACAACAUUAGUGCAAGGUACAUUUAAUUUGCCUCAUAUACUCAAACAACAAGAACGUGUUGCCGAAGCAUUUGGUGGUGCACACAUGAUUCGACAACAUAAUCAAACAUAUGUUUCACGUUUACAAGGUGUACAAAUGGCUGUGGAUGCUAAUUUAGAUAAACUUGUUAAAGAUGCACCAACAAGACGUGCAGCUGUACUAACAUUCAAUCACGAAAUAACGUAUUAUGGUGAUGGGACAAGAGAUGAACCAUUGGUUAUACGUGGUGAUAAAUUAAAUUCUGAGACUGAUUUAUUGCAUGAAGCAGAGAAAGAAGUAAAGAAUGAAUUGAAACCUGUUGCACAAACGAAAACCAAAUUAACAGAACGUGUUUAUGAUCUCGAGGAAGGUGGUCAAACAGCACUUGGCCCAGCUGUUGUUUUUGCUCUUAAUAUAGCAUCAAAACGACAAGGUUCGAAAAUAGUUAUUUGUACCGAUGGCUUAGCUAAUCGAGGUUUAGGCAGCUUGGAAUUAGCUCAAGAUACUAAAGUUGACGAAGCUGUUAGAAAUCACGCUCUUGAAGAAGGAAAUCAAUUUUAUGCUGGAUUAACCGAACGCGCUAGAGACAAAGGUGUUGGUAUUUCAGUAAUCACUAUCAAAGGCACUGCUUGUUUACUUCCUGUGAUUGGUCAAAUGGCCGAUGGUACAGGUGGUAAUGUAACAAUUGUUGAUUUAUUAAAUAUGCGUGAUGAAUUUGCUUCGAUACUUGAACAAAAAAUUAUUGCCACAAAUGUCGAAGCAACAUUGAUUGUGCAUCGUGGAUUAUAUAUUCGUAAUCCCGAUAAUCUAGAUGAAAAACUUGAGAAAAUCAAACGUGAUAUUGGAAAUGUAACUAAACAAACUGAAGUUACAUUUGAAUUUGGUGUUCGAAACAAAGAAGAAUUAAAAGAAAAAUAUAAUAUUGAUUUGGAUCAAUUAGAACAAUUACCAUUUCAAGUACAAGUUACUUAUAUAGCUGCUGAUGGUAGCAAAGCAUUACGUGUAUUAACACAAUUGAAACAAACAACAGAAGAUCGUGAAGAGGCUGAAGUUAAUGCUAUUCGAAGCAUUAUUGCAGAAAAUCAUAUUCGAAGUACAGCCAAUGAUAUGAUGGCAGCAAUAUCGGACGAUGAAGAGGAAGGUGAAAGAACGCAUAUGCGUUCAAAAUGGUCAACACCAACUGUACAAAAACAGCGUGUAGCUUACAUGAGUAAUCUUAAUGAAAAAGUACGUUCACGUGGAAACUAUGAAUUGGAUCAAUUCAAUGAGAGACGUUGGAAUGCAGCAAGCAGCGAAUUACAAUCACAUGUUAUCACAUCGAGAUAUCGUAAGGCUGAUGCAUCAAGACAAACAGCAUUGACAUCAUCAUCAACCGCAGCACCACCACCUGUGCCUCAACGUUCAGGUGGCUCUUUCCUUGGAGCUAUAACAGAUCGAGUAUCGCGUGUUUUCUCUGCGUCACGUGAAGAAGACAACCCUGAACCUAAAGCUAUUGUCCCGGCAAAACCUACUUCGAAACGAAAUUAUGGUUUUGCGACUUCAAAUCUUAGCCAUUUUUCUGAUCAACAUUCAGAAGAUCUUUAUCGAUAUAAAAAUUUAUCAUCUGAUUAUAUGCGAGAAACAAGUCCACCAAGAGAUGAACUCCGUCCCGCUAUUACAUCAAGUGCACACCGUGACAUAGUUAGACGGCACGAUGAUGAUCAUGAUGACGACGAUUAUUAUCAUCAUUCGUCAGCUACAUCAACCAGUCGACGUGCGAUUACCAGACGAAAUAAAACUGAUGAUCAACCAAGUGGUACAUCAAGCACCCGGCGCGUAGCGUUUAAACGAAACGAUGACAAUGAUGAUACUCCAGAAGUUGAUACGUUUAGUACUGGUCGUUUUUCAACUAAACGAGAUGAUGACAUCGAUCAACAAGAAACUAACACAUCGAAUAUCAAUCGUGUUCCGUAUAAGCGAGAUAAUGAUGAUGAUAACAGCGAUGUUAUCACUCAUAAAUCACCAUGA